AUUCAAUGAACGUCAUACUACCGAGCUACAUGCUAGCUCCAAGAAUUAAUUGGGUUUCUAGAACUUCUUAGGCUUAAGCCUUCUAAACUUUCAACCUUCAUCACCUAUCACAAUCCCUCAUCCACCAAACAAGCUUCCAAGUCUAUUUUCUUUUUUAUUUUUACUUGCAGCCCUAUGUAGUCUUCCGAGUAAUUAUAUCAACAAUUUAGAGCUAUCUCCAAUUGAUCUCGGAAGUUUCUCGUUCUUUCACAUGGCAACACGAUAACACCAAACACAGAACUUCAUCGUAACACGUUGGGGGUUGCUUAGUGAUAGUCCGACAAGCUCUUGUUUAUGUGCAUCGAGCUACAUUCCACGAAAAAGUUGCGAUGGCUACUUCACCUUUAUCACCUCGGCCUUCUACGAGCUUCGCGAGUCCUACAUCAGAACGAACUCCUCUCCUCCGUCAGGAUACCGGUCGACCGAAGAGCGCGCGCAACGUAACCUUUAAUCCGAACCCUGUGUCUAGAACCAUUGACCCCGAUCCCGCUUCACUAAGCUCAUCGCCGAGUACAGUAAACAUUGAGCAUGGUCGUACUACAGGUUCGAUAGCCUCAGGAACUGGUGUCGCUAAUCCGCCGCCCAUACUCUCGACGCUAAACAACCGUCUACGCCGCCGAAACAGCCAUGGCGCCGUCUUCACCGCCCUACCGCCGGCACUUGGUCCCAUUCCCAAAAUCGGACCUCAACGAAGUUCCAAGAACGCGCAGAAGUUAAAGCUUUUACCGAACCCUGAGCUAGAUGAGGAAGGACCAGACGAGGAAAGCGGAAGGGAUGUAUAUUCACAAUACACGCGCAUAAAGGAUCCCACGGCAAGGCGAGAUGCUGCGCGGCUGGGAAAGGCGGAUCGAGACAAGCUGCCACGCGUGACGGCUUAUUGUACCGCGACGAAGUACCAGAUGGAUGGUCUAAUGCGGUUCUUGAAAGGCAGGGGCAAGAACCGGGGAGCGAAUCCUAAGUUAAUCGACGAGUGUAUAUACUCACCAUAUAACUACACACUCGGCAAAUCGGCAGAGCGGGCGGAAGCCGUGGAAGAGGUACGGGAGAGACCGAUCCAAGCGUACGAGAGGAGACAUUCAACUGGCUCGGUAGAGGAACACUCGGAGACGUUCAGGAGAGAAAGCUUACAAGAUAUGCAUUCGCAAGACGACGAGUCCUCAUUCAGCAACGGUCGGGAUAUGCACAACAACCUCGCGUACCGCCAUCAUCCGGAUGACGAAAGCGCUAUACAUGAUUCACGGUCUCACUCGGAUCAUCGGCCACAAGACGUCAACUUCGAUACACAGGUACACACACCCGAAGUGUUCCUAUUCGACUAUGGCGUCGUAGUUAUAUGGGGCAUGUCCCCAGCGCACGAACAGCGUUUCCUCAAAGACAUCGCCAAGUUCGAACUCGAGAAGCUAGACGUGGACGACGUGGAAACUGAAUGUUUUAACUUCUACUAUACGAACGAGUAUCAACCGCGUAUAUACAAUGAUUUCAUCACGUUGCGCGACAAGGGGAAUUAUAUGACGAAGCUAGCUAUAUCUCACGCGCUGGCACAGAGCGUCAAGACUUCUCUAUUCGAAGAACUCAUCGCCUCUACAGUUGACACAUGCAAAGAUAUCCCGACGCAAAUUGCACUAACGGGCAAGAUUGCGCUCUCACGGGCGCAGAUUAAUAUGCAAAUUGGCGAGCUAUUCAUCCUACGCAUCAACAUCCACCUCAACGGCAGCGUCCUCGAUACACCCGAACUCUUUUGGGUAGAACCCCAUCUCGAGCCCGUGUACCAAGCCGUGCGUAGCUACCUCGAAAUGGAUCAACGUGUUGGUCUGUUGACUGAGAGAUUGGAUGUCAUUGCGGAUUUACUAGCCGUGCUGAAGGAUCAGUUGAGUCAUGGACAUGGGGAGAAGUUGGAGUGGAUUGUUAUCAUACUCAUCGCCGCCGAGAUCCUAGUCGCUGCCGUCAACAUCGUCGUCGAUCUCUACGCAGGCGUGGAUUAAAUAUCCUUUCUCAACAUAUUUUUCUCGUUUAUAUCAGAUUCAGUAUGUAUUUACCUAGCGGAAUAUGUUGAGACGGGUUAAUCCGGUUGCGUGUUACCCCCUAAAUAGAGGAAUGGACGGUGUUUGGGCGUUGGUUAGCAUAGCAUAGCAUCCCAUCCAAAAGCAAAUAUUUCUAGGUAGCAAUCUGUAAUUCACAGCUUUUGGCGUUUGGGUACGGAUGCGUGUAUAUUGUUAUAGUUGGAGGGCUCAAUUAAUCUGAAUAAUGCCUGGCUCGAGCUGUAUCGGUGUUAUUAGUUAAUCCCCGCGAAGAAUCACAAUUAGCUUGAAUACAUUACAUGUAACAUUCUCCCAACUUCGCGUGGGA